UGUCGCGCGCACGCGUCGUUGCUCGGGCACGAGCAGGAAGUGUUGCCACGGCCGUAACCGCAUACAAACAGGUCGGGUGGCGAAGUUAACUGGGGGGGUGUAGAGCGGGCAGGAUGUUUGAAGGUCGGCGGAGAGUAACCCCCGCCGUGGAUGCGUGGUCUGAGUCGGGCGAUAGUUUCAGCCAGCAGCGCCCGGGCUUGGAUGCCCGGAGGAAGGAUCGCGGAGGGGUGAAGGACACGGCCCGGAAAGGCAACAGGAACUCUGGCGGUCCGGAGGAACCCAUCUGUAGGGGUAUAUUCGAGAUUGAGAAAAGGAGCUGCGACGUGGUGCUGACACCCCGCAGGUUGGAAUGGACGGCAAUUGAACCGGAUAGACCCACAGGUGAUGAUGCAAUCAUUUCCCAACGUCAUGCAGAAUUUGUGGAACUAAAAGAAGUUUUCGCUGUGAAGAUGAAACGUCGACGAUCAGCGAAACAGUAUAAAGGAGGAACUCUGUUAGGAAUCGCCAUUUUUGUGUGUGUUGGCAAAGGGCAAAAUAAGCUCAAACACCGUGUUAUUCAUCUAAGCAACUUAAGUGAAGACCACUGCAACCUUUGGUUUAAAUAUCUGAAAGAUAUUCUGAAUGGAUAUUUUCCAAAGAGACCGAGAUCACUGAAAGUUAUUAUCAACCCAUAUAGUCACAAAAAGGAAGCUAAACAAGUUUACUAUGAACAUGUUGCACCUCUUUUCAAGCUGGCUGAUAUCAAGACAGACAUCACCAUUACAGAGUACCAAGGACAUGGAUUCUUGAUUCUCAAGGAGUAUAAAUUUGAAGAAUUUGAUGGAGUGGUGUGCGUGGGUGGUGAUGGAACUGCCAGCGAGGUUGCUCGUGCCUUACUGCUCCGAGCACAGAUUGAUGCUGGGAAGGACGUGGAUUCCAACUUCACGCCUGUCAGAGCACCACUUCCUCUCGGCAUAAUACCAGCAGGUUCCACUAAUGUCUUAGCAUAUUCUGUGCAUGGAAUUAACCAUCCAGGUACUGCAGCAAUGCAUAUUAUAAUGGGCAAUCUUCAAGAAGUGGAUGUUUGCACCUUUAGUACUCAUGGCAGACUACUUCGAUUUGGUUUCUCAGGCAUGUUCGGCUUUGGAGGGAGGACAUUAGCCUUAGCAGAAAAGUAUCGUUGGAUGCCUCCCAAAGAGCGGAGGGAAUUUGCUGUCAUCAGAACACUGGCAAAUCUCAAAUCUGAAGACUGUGAAUUAUUAUUUUUACCUUCAAAAAAUACCGACCUGGAAGAACAAGGUGGCAUUAGAAAUACAGAUGGAACAAAUGCUGAGGAACAAUGUAAUGAUGAGGAGAAAUGGAGAAGCAUGCAAGGAACUUUCCUCAAUAUUAACGUUAUGGCUAUUCCUUGUCUCUGUUCUAUGGCACCGAGAGGCCUUGCACCUAAUACUAGGUUGAAUAAUGGAAGCAUGUCUCUUACUGCUGUCCGAAACUGUAUUCGAGCAGAUUUUAUAAAACACCUGAAGCGAUAUGGUAGUGCAAAGAAUCAGUUUAACUUUCCCUUUGUGGAGACGUAUACAGUUCAGGAAGUUAAGAUACAAUUGAGGAUUAAAAGCAGAUGGGUUGAUGAGACAUCAGAAGAGAAAGCAGAUUCUAGUUCACAUUGCCCAUCAGUAACUUCUUUAAAUGGAAGUUGUCCAUGGAACAUUGAUGGUGAUUUAAUGGAGGAAUCCUCAGAAGUUCAUAUAAAGAUCCAUUCACAGCUAAUUACUCUGUAUGGAAAAGCUAUGGAAGAAUGCGAUAUUCCUACAGUAAAAUGUGGUUGCCUGUAGCCAAGAUAACAAAAAAUUUCUCGUGGUUUUUCGUUUGUAGAAAUUCUGAGAUCAAUGAAUCAGUACCAGCUUGUAACUGUGCCAGAACUCCUUGCAACUACUUACAUAAGUAUAUUACACAAGUAUACAACAGAAUUAUUUCUAUAGUUCUGAAAUUAUUUUCAGUAAAACAUCUUUAUAAAAAUACGGUAUACACAUUGAUUACAAAUUUUAAAAGUACAUGGGAGCAUUGUGUUACUCGAAGCUGUCAAGAUGUUUUUAUUGCCAUACAAAGAGAAGCAAAAUGUCUCCCAUUAUACAAUAUUAUAAAGCAGUUUUGUGCCGCAUUUGACAAGAAUCUGUACGACCAUUUAUAUUUAAUAUAAUCAGUGACAUAAUAAUGUAUAUUCUACAGGAGGUUAUUUAUAAAUUGGCAAAACAGAUGGUUUUAAUGUAUAUAGGAUUUAGUUUUGAAAAUAAAGCUUUACAAAUAAAAUCUAAAUGUAAUAAUAUUCUUAUAAUAUUGUCAUAUUCUGUUCACUUUCAUAUUUAUGGGUUAAAUAUUACUUUUCCAUUGUCUGGCUACUCCAGUCAUUUUAAAGUCAUGUAUAUUUCCAAAAUACAUCAAUAUAACUUUUUAAAAUGUAAAUUAUCAGUGCAAAAUGAUUUUAUUAUUGCACAUACGCUGUACUCCCAACUCAUUGGCUAGUUGCAAUGAAACACUGAAUUUUUGUAUAAAUGAAAAUGUUUCUCUAAAACUUUAACUUUAUUCCUUCCACUGUCAGGAAAUUCUCUAACCUGAUUAGGCAUGUUAACCUUUCUGAUUAUAUACAAUGUCAGUUUGUUUUUUGUUCUCAGCCAUUUCUAUUAACUUGGUCUCCGUAUAUUGAUGGCCUACUCAAGCUGGGUAAGUUAACACUAAUUUGACUAAGCGCAGAACUUAACUGCUUCAUUUGACAAUUUGUAUUUAAUAUUUUUUUCUUUUGAAAUUAAAUUCUGUAGCUAUUCCUACUUCAUAAUUACAAUACAUAUAAUGAAAUGCUGAUCAUUUUCACUGUGCAGUGUUAUUGGCAAAUGCUCAUUUUCUACCUUCAGCCAACUAGUGAUAUUUGUUAGAAUAGUAGCCUAAGCUAAUAGUCUAGCAGCUAUGUCAUGCUUAUAUUCACUUUCCUUUUUCCAAUAAUUUGUCUUCGGUGGAAUUGUAUGUUUGGAGUUGAGAUUAAGUAUUUUUUUGCCUUGCGUGGAAUAAGAGUGCAGAGUUGAAACAAGGACAAAGGAAAAAUGCUAGAGUGGAUAGGUGUUUCUUUUGUCAUGUUACGAGCCUCAGUAAUUUGGGAAAUGUGUUGGCUGAAAUAUUUUAUAGAGGGAAUGAAGCCAGAACAAUCAAGGUAUCUUUACAUAUAAACAGUAAAGUUAUGUAACAUCAUUUGGAGGGAUAGGAAAUUAGGGCUUAGGUGGGAAUUUAAAGAACAGGACAUGUAAAUGCAGUUGUAACUAACAAGAAAUCUCUAGUACUUAGUUUGUUCUAGUAAGUUCUAAGUAUAAAGAGUAAGUUUAAAUAAUUACUCUGUGACUUAUCCAGUCAUUUUAAAAUAUUUUAGAUUUCCAACAACCUUCUACAAAUGUGGAUGUUCUAUAUUUAAAAUGUAAAUUGCCUUAACAAAAUUGAUUUUGUAAUUAUAGUAACACUGUACUCCAACUGUAACUGAUUUACAAUCCAUGGUAACUGCCCAUGCAAUUUCACAGUUACAGAUAUGUUCAAUGUUCUUGAAAAAGAUGUAUCUUUAUACCUGGUAAAAAUGUCCUCAGGAUAAAUUGAUCAAUAUUUUUACCACGAGAACUGAUGAGAGAACCUCUCAUCAACUACAUUAGGAAAAGUAAAAUAAGGGAGUUGGUUCCAGAGCUAAGCCUGAGGUUGAGUUAAAUAGGCUGAAACCAACAUUUCCAAAGGCAACUAUCUGGAUUUAGCUCUUGUGCAAAUCAGUCUUGUACUUAUACAGGGCCACCAGUGGUGGUCACUCUAAUCCAUCCUAGCAUUCUGCAUGGAGCCCACGAUAGAGCUUGAUCUUAUUCAGAUUCCAUGACACAGGGAUAUCUGCUUUUGCAACACUAUUCCAGAUCAGAACUCAUAUGAUCAGAGACCAGAUUCAUUUCUUGAUUCGAGAAUAGGGAAGGUAAGCAAAUUAAAAGUCUGAAUAUCAGACAUUUCAUAAAGACAUACUUUAAGACCACGCAAAUCUCUACUGCCAGCAUUGCUUUAUAAUCAAAGCCUCUAAGGAUAUUUGGCAGGCAAAACCUCAACAGUAUGCUGACCUGAUUUUUAAGGGUACUGUUAUUUUAGAUUAUUAGAAAU